AUGGAAGGAGAGGAGGAGAGAGAACAUCAAUCAUGGCGAAUCCGCGUUACUGCAAAAGCCAAACAUUUCAACUUCAGAUUCAGAUUCAAAGCUGCAACUCACUCUUCCACUCAAACCCUCUCCUUCUUCCGCUUUUCCAUUCUCCUCAACCUUCCUCAUUUCCUUUUCACUAUCUCUUCACGCCCUAAGAAACAACCGCGGCCUUGUUUCAUCACCACCAAAUUCAACAAGUUUUUCCACAAAUUUCGACCCCGGAUCAAGCCUAACAUUGCUGCUAAGAAGACUAACACAUCAUCAAAUCUUUCAAUUCCAAUGCAGUUGCAGGGCACAGUUCGAAUAGGGAAAGAAUAUUGUGUGAGAAUUGCGAUGAUGGUUGCUUCUGUUGUGUGUUUUGUUGCUUCACUUCUGUUCAAGAAAUUCAAGAUGGGAAAGGUUAUGAACUUUACAGCAUUCUUUUUAGUUGUGACAGUUGCAAUUGUUUAUUAUCUGUUUUUAUAUUUUUAUUAUAAUUAUUGUAACAAUAGUUAUAGUUAUUGGAAAUUCAUGGGAAGGUUUCUCUGGAACAGAAUGAGUAAUCUCAAAUAUAUGAGAGGAUGA